GUUGGGAGAGGGGGUUUUUGGGGCGGGUGUAUGGGUCGGGUUUCUGGAUGGGUUAGGAUUCUGUUUCUGUUUUUUGGGUUUAACCGCCCAUAAAGACACCGACAAAUUAAACUACAGCUAGGGUUUUACUUUAUAGCUGCAUUGAAGAAGGAAACUAAAUUUUAGAGAGAUUAGUAGCGGGUUUUUACUUUUUAGUAUUUUGCUGAUCGAAAAGGGACUCGUUUUUCGGUUCAUGGACCGCUUGCGUCCCCGCAACAGACCCCUCUUUUCUGGGUUUACAAAUUCCGAGAUUGAGAAAUUGGAGAGAUUGGUAAGGGAGGCAAGAGAAAAAUCGUUGGAUAAGGAGUUUUGCCAUAAGCUUGCUAUAGCCUUCAACCGCUCUGCUGGCCGUGCCGGGAAACCUGCGGUUAGAUGGACUGAGAUACAAAGUUGGUUUGAGGAUAGGCUCCAAGACUUACCAGAUGACCCUAAUAAUGAAUUGAUGAUUCCCAAAGACCCUGAAUGUAAUAAGGAAGGAGAAAUUGUUAGAGACUUAUCAGAAUUGGAAUUCGAAGCAAAGUCAUCCAAAGAUGGAGCAUGGUACGAUGUUGAGACAUUUCUAGCUCACAGAUUUAACAGUAAUGGGGAAGCUGAAGUCCUUGUCAGAUUUAUUGGGUUCGGGGGUGAUGAAGAUGAAUGGAUCACUAUGAAAAAUUCAGUUAGGAAACGUUCUGUUCCCUUGGAAAACACAGAAUGUUGCAACCUGAAUGUUGGAGACCAUGUGCUGUGCUUCCAGGAGAGGAAAGACCAAGCAAUUUACUAUGAUGCUCACAUUCUAGAGAUCCAAAGGAGAAUACAUGAUAUAAGAGGAUGCAGGUGUCAGAUUUUGGUUCGGUAUGAUCAUGACAACAGUGAGGUGGGACUUUUUUUUUUUUUUCCUGCAUAUGUUUGUCACCAUUUUGUGUGUGAUAGAAGUAGAAUGCAAUUUACAUUUUGUAUUUUCAGGAAUCUGUUCGGUUAAGAAGACUUUGCAGAAGACCAAGAUCUUAGGUGUAUAAAAUAUCAAUUCACUUUUGACAACUAAUAUCUUAUUAAGGGUCAUUUGGAUUGGCUUUUGAAAAAAAUACUUAUUUUUUUCAUCUUUUUUAAAAGGAUAUUUUUUUAAUAGACAAAAACUAUUUCACAUUUGGAUAGGCUUUUUUAAAAAAUAUUUGAAGUAUUAAAAACGUCUUUUGCUUCUGCUCUUUUUUAGGGUACUCUUUUAACUCAAAAAAGCCAAUCCAAACCAAUACUAAGUUGGUUGGAAACAGUUUACAUUCUGUCACUGUUGAGUUGAGCUUGUAGAUGUGAGUGGAAGUGAACGAGCUGGACUGUUUCUUCUUGAACUCAUCCCAUUUAAACUAAUAUAAGAACAUUCAAUAUAUGUAAAAAUAUUGUAGUCAUUUAUUGGUUUGUCUUAAAUGUCAUCUUUAAGGAUACAAUUUUAUUUUA